UUUUCUUCAUCGAAAAGACGAUAAUUUUAAAGUAUUGGUGAAUAAAAUGAAGGAAAACGAGCCGUUUGUGCCUAAAGUGAAAGUCGAUGAUAAAACUCAAUUAAGAAAACCACCCAAACCUGAGCUCAAACCUAAAGUCAUUUGUUUGGCCAAAAAUACCCCAAAGACUGCGAAUAUUGUGAAAAAUACCAACAAUUUAGUGACAAAACCGCCAAAAAUAGGCAACACAUGGACUCCGGGCGAUACACGAGCGCUGAAGGCAGCCAUCUCUGGCCACACAUCGGCCGCACCCAACCCUCUGCCCAAACCUCCGCGUACUUUCGCGCACGACGUCUAUCUUGAGCUA